AUGACCUCACGUUAUAGAGUAGAAUACGCCCUCAAAUCGCACCGUCGUGACGAAUUUAUCGAAUGGAUCAAAACUUUACUUGCAUGUCCUUUUGUCCUACACGCCGACGUCGAGUCUUAUAACUUGGCAUACCCCAAUUUAUAUGAAGUUCCCGAUGACGACAAAGACUCACGCUUUAAGCAACACGAAAUUGAUGUUGCUCAGGAUUGCCAACGUCGCUACUUAGAGAUUUUCAAAGAUGUUGAACAAUUAAUCGAUCAUACCAUAUUGAUGGACCAACUCAAUGAUCAACAGCAAAAAACAUUGUACCCCAAUCCGCGAUACACGCUGAGUCGUUUGCGCAAUUUGGUACCUUCAAUUGGUAGGUUUUUUACCAAAUUGCCAUUGAGUGAGGCGUUUUUGGUUGAGGAUGAGCGUCGAGGCAUAAGUAAACGACGAUUAGUUGCACCAAGUUUCAAUGAUGUUCGAAUGAUUUUGAACAUGGCCCAAAUUAUGGCACUAACCGAGAUCAAUCGCGAAUUGGGUAGGACACACUUAAAGUUGAUAACUUUUGAUGGAGACGUUACUUUAUAUGAAGAUGGUCAAAGUCUCGUUGAAGGUAGCGACGUUGUUAAAAGAUUAGUUCAAUUGCUUGCAAUGGGCGUCUAUGUUGGUGUUGUUACUGCCGCGGGCUACCCGGGACAAAGCGGCGCUGUCAAAUAUGAAGAACGUUUGAAAGGGUUGAUUGACUAUCUCAAUCGUGAAGACGGAUCUUGCAUUCUUACUAAAGAACAAAAGGAAAACUUGUUGGUGAUGGGGGCGGAAUCAAAUUACUUGUUUAGAUACAAUGCUCAACUCAAGGGAUUAAAAUUUAUAGACUCUGAAGAAUGGCAUUUACCACAGGUGCAAAAAUGGGAUAAUGAUAAGAUCAAGUAUAUAAUGCAUACUUGUCACCACCACCUAAUCCAUCUUCAACAGAAAUUCCAAUUGGAAGACACAACAACAAUUAUCAAGAAAGAGAGGUCAGUAGGAAUAAUUCCCAACCCGGGCCAAAAGAUUCUUCGUGAACAGUUGGAGGAAAUGGUGCUCUCGUGCUCAAAGAAAUUAGAAGUCAUUCUCAAAUCAACUGAUAAUACAACAACCCAAACAACCCAAACGUCAAGGUCACAGGCAAGCAAUGACUCAACUGAUGAGUUUACCACCUCAGCAGGAGCCACUACGGCAACUACUUCCUCAUUUGACCCUGCAUCUUCAUCGCCAUUGAGUGAUAUCAAAGUAUGUGCAUUCAACGGAGGCAGUGAUGUAUGGGUUGAUAUUGGAGAUAAGGCUCUCGGUGUCGAAUCAUUACAGAAAUAUUUGUGUCAAGACGAGUCAAAUGACCUUUGUCCUAUACGUAAAGCGGAAAGCUUACAUAUUGGUGAUCAAUUCGCCCUGCUUGGUGCAAACGAUUUCAAGGCUAGGUUAAGUGCAUGUACUGUGUGGAUUGCUAAUCCAGCAGAAACAGUGGCGAUCUUGGAUGAUAUCUUGGAGUUUGUUGAAAAGAGAAAAUUGGACACAACUGAAACAAAGUGA